AUGGCGUCCGCCGCCGAUCUCGACGGCCUUGUUCUCCUUCGCCAAUCCAUCUCCUCAAGCGCGCCUUGCAUUCCAAGCGCAUCAGCUGAUGCCUCCGCGGCCGAAGUCCCUCUCUCACAGGCCACACAUCUGCGCUUCCCCAACAAGGAUGUCGCCGUUCCUAUCGAUAACCCGACGCGCUUCGUGUCCAACGACAAGCCAGUCGACUUGCGCAGUAUCUACUUUGCCUGGCUGAACCGCGAGCUUGCAAUUCCUGAAUACAAUGCCUCGGCUACAACCCUCAAUGACGAGCUAGCUGCUGCUGGCAGUACGGGCAAGGUCCAGAACUUGGGUUUCAUCGAACGUUUGGAUUUGAUCACCUGGCUUGAAGGAGCCAGCGAGGAGAGUGAGUACAUCAAGCCGCUCGCCAACGAUGCGGGUGCUGCACCUAGUGGCGCGACGACAACGGCGAAGACGGGUGCUGUGACUUCGGGCCAGGCGCGAUCUGGUCGAGGUACGAUCAACCCCAGGCUUGUGGGUAUCUACAAUGGCGAACGAAAGAUGGGUGAUCGCAACACGGUUCUAAGAGGCAUUAAGCCUACGGACUUCUCCCAUGUCCGCAAACUUGCUGCGCCAUUCAUCCAGAAGAAAUCCCAGUCUAGCUCCACCAGCAUUCCUACCAACCCAUCACUCGCACUGAAUCAGAAGGCUCCGUCUAGGCGACCGGAUCCUAUCAUUCUCCUGUCACCUUCGGCAUCUUCUUUGAUUCGCCUGUCGAACGCGAGAUCCUUCCUUGAAGACGGAAAGUUCGUGCCCACUGAUGCAGGGGGUAACACAGCCACUAUGCUUCAUGUUCAACGCACUGUCCCCUCCAUUGACCCCAGCCGACCUAUGCGAUUUAUCCUGGUCGAGGGUUCUGAGGCUUUCAAGCCUGAAUACUGGAACAGAAUUGUUGCAGUCCUGACCACUGGACAGACCUGGCAGUUCAAGAACUACAAGUGGAGCGACCCCAACGAGCUCUUCAAGCACACGCUGGGCGUCUACGUCGGUUGGCGAGGUGAGACUGCUCCGGAUAAUAUCCGCAGUUGGGGUCACCGUGUUCUAUCAACUGGUAUUGACCGCUGGCGCGGAGAGGGUCAUGAUACCUCGCGCUUCCGAGACAAGGAGAUUGUGGAACAAAUCUGGCGAGCCAUCGAGGAGAACAUGCGUUACAGGGGCUGGAAGAAGGACAGAGCUCCCUCUUCGAUAUAA